GAGAAAAAUAUCUCCUUAUUUCUUUUAUUUCCAUUUUCUCUCUUUUGCUAUACUCUCUGAUCUUCUCCAUCGUACUACCACCACUACGCCACCAUGGUUCUGUCCAAGAUAGCGUCAGACAGUGACGUCUCUGUUCAGUGCACUUUCGCUUCUCGAUAUGUUCAAACUAGUCUUCCCAGGUAUAAGAUGCCAGAAAAUUCAAUACCAAAGGAAGCAGCAUUUCAGAUUAUAAAUGAUGAACUCAUGUUAGAUGGAAAUCCAAGGCUAAACUUAGCAUCCUUUGUGACAACAUGGAUGGAACCAGAAUGUGACAAGUUGAUGAUGGAUUCUAUUAACAAGAAUUAUGUUGACAUGGAUGAAUACCCUGUCACCACUGAGCUUCAGAAUCGAUGUGUAAACAUGAUAGCACAUUUGUUUAACGCACCACUUGAAGAUGGAGAGACUGCAGUUGGAGUUGGAACAGUUGGAUCCUCAGAAGCCAUUAUGCUUGCUGGAUUGGCCUUCAAGAGAAAAUGGCAAAACAAAAUGAAAUCCCAAGGCAAGCCUUAUGAUAAGCCCAACAUCGUUACUGGUGCCAAUGUCCAGGUGUGCUGGGAGAAAUUUGCAAGGUAUUUUGAAGUGGAGCUAAAGGAAGUAAAGCUGAGUGAUGGAUACUAUGUGAGACCACAGAAAGCUGUGGAAAUGGUGGAUGAGAACACCAUUUGUGUAGCUGCUAUUUUGGGUUCCACCCUUAAUGGAGAAUUUGAAGAUGUAAAGAAAUUGAAUGACCUUUUGAUUGAGAAGAACAAAGAAACUGGGUGGGACACUCCAAUUCAUGUGGAUGCAGCAAGUGGUGGAUUCAUUGCACCAUUCCUUUAUCCAGAGCUUGAAUGGGACUUUAGGUUGCCAUUGGUGAAGAGUAUUAAUGUGAGUGGUCACAAAUAUGGUCUUGUUUAUGCUGGUAUUGGUUGGGCCAUUUGGAGGAAUAAGGAUGACUUGCCUGAUGAACUUAUUUUUCACAUCAAUUAUCUUGGUGCUGAUCAACCUACUUUCACUCUCAAUUUCUCUAAAGGUUCAAGCCAAGUAAUUGCCCAAUAUUACCAACUAAUUCGCUUGGGUUUUGAGGGUUACAAGAAUGUUAUGGAGAAUUGUCAAGAAAAUGCAAGGGUACUAAGAGAAGGAUUAGAAAAGACAGGGAGAUUCAAAAUAGUCUCCAAAGAAAUUGGAGUCCCCUUGGUUGCAUUUUCUCUUGAAGACAACAGCAAACACGACGAGUUCGAGAUUUCUGAAACUUUAAGGAGAUUUGGAUGGAUUGUUCCAGCCUACACAAUGCCAGCAAAUGCUGAACACAUCACAGUUCUCAGAGUUGUUAUCAGAGAAGAUUUCUCCCGAACACUUGCGGAGCGACUGAUAUUGGACAUCGGAAAAGUCCUUCACGAACUCGACACACUUCCAGCACGUGUCAACGCUAAGCUCGCCGUUGCUGAGGAGAAGGCGGUGGCGAAUGACAGCGGAGCCGUGCAUCACAAAACAGAAAUGGAACUGCAGCUACAGGCUACUGCUGCAUGGAAGAAGUUUGUUGCUGACAAGAAGAUGAAGAAAUCUGGAGUUUGUUAAAUAAUUAAUUCAACUAUUGUUUAUAAUAUGAUGAAUUAAUUAUGACUAUGUACUAGUAUUGGUGGCUGCUUGUUAGUAUUAAUUAAUUAGCAGUGGAUUAUUACCAAUGUGAAUUUGUUUUCUUGAUUUUGUGUUGAUGGGUUAUUUGAGUA